AUGGAUUUCCUUCAGCGCCUUGCGCGUUCCCUCGAUAGGCCACUAUUCCCAUGGAAGAAGCUCAUCGUUGGGUUCUCUCUCGCACAAUACCUAUUCGAAGGUUUCCUCUCUCUCCGUCAGUAUCAAGUCUUAAAGCAAACACGUCCACCCAAGGUUCUCUCCAAUGAAGUCUCGCAAGAAGUUUUCGACAAAAGCCAGGCAUAUGGACGCGCAAAAGCACAAUUCGGUUUCGUUGCAGGACUCUAUGGACAAAUUCAAAACACGGCAUUCAUCUAUUUCGACAUUCUUCCCAAACUUUGGGACUUCACUGGAUCAUGGCUUCUACGACUUGCACCCGCUCGAUUCACCGGCGAGAUUUCUCACUCAAUCGUUUUCGUCCUUACCUUUAUUGUAAUUCAACAGUUUAUUUCUCUCCCAACUUCAAUCUACCAGACAUUUGUGUUGGAGGAGAAGUUUGGUUUCAAUAAGCAGACGCCUAAACUCUUCGUUACGGACAUGUUAAAGGGACAGAUGUUGGCAUUUACAUUGACUCCACCGAUCCUCGCUGGCUUUCUCACGAUCAUACAAAAAACCGGCCAUCAAUUCUUCUACUACUUGUGGUUGUUUGGUGCUGGACUCCAGGUCUUCAUGAUUACAGUCUACCCGAUCACGAUCUUGCCCUUGUUCAACAAGCUCUCGCCCCUCGAACCCGGAGAAUUGAAAGAUGGCGUCGAGGCUUUGGCCAAGCGCUUGAACUUCCCUCUUCACGAAUUGCAUGUUAUCGACGGCAGCAAGCGCAGUGCUCAUAGUAAUGCCUAUUUCUUCGGUCUACCAUGGAAGAAGCAUAUCGUCAUUUAUGAUACUCUGAUCGAGAAGAGCGAUACACAAGAGAUUGUAGCUGUUCUUGCUCAUGAACUUGGUCACUGGAGCCGGGGACAUACUACAAAGCUCUUUGGAAUCUCUCAGGCCCAUUUUUUCUACAUCUUCUCCCUGUUCUCCGUCUUCAUCAACAACCACUCCUUGUACCAAUCAUUUGGUUUCCAUAACGAGUUCCCAAUCAUAAUAGGGUUCAUCCUGUUCUCUGAUGCACUUGCCCCUAUGGACACAGUCAUCAAGCUGUUGAUGAAUAUCCUCAGCAGAAAGUACGAGUUUGAAGCAGAUGACUUCGCACAAGGACUUGGAUACCAGGCUGAGCUAGCUCGUUCGUUGAUAAAAUUGCAGAUCCAGAACUUGAGUACUAUGGAUGCGGACUGGAUGUAUGCAAGCUAUCAUUUCUCCCAUCCAAUAUUGUCGGAGAGAUUAGGUGCUUUGGGAUGGAAGUCGAGCGGUCCAGUUGCACCAGCGGCUGCAAAGGAUGAGAAGACCGCACAAGCUAGUGGCAGAGAAUUGUAG